CGCCGAGGGGCUGGCGCAGCGGCUCGCCCCGCGCCGCGGCCGCCGCGACUUCUUCGUGCGCCGCCGCGGCUAUGCCAGCGACGACGAUGACGAGGAGGAGGAGGAGGAAGAAGAGGAGGAGAGAGCGGACCUGGCUGAAAGCUCCCUCCUGAACAAGCUCAUCCGCACGUCCCUCGUGGAGUCCAGCCAUCACGUGGAGGUGCUGCAGCGCGACCCCUCCUCGCCUCUCUUCUCCGUGAAAACCUUCGAAGAGCUGCCCCUGAAAAAAGAGCUCCUGCGGGGCGUUUACAACAUGGGCUUCAACCGGCCCUCCAAAAUCCAGGAGACGGCUCUGCCCAUGAUGCUGGCACACCCGCCCCAAAAUCUCAUCGCCCAGAGCCAGUCGGGGACGGGCAAAACCGCAGCGUUCGCCUUGGCCAUGCUGAGCAGAGUUAAUGCUGCCGAGAGAUACCCGCAGUGCCUCUGCCUGGCUCCAACCUUCGAGCUGGCCCUGCAGAUCGGGCGCGUGAUCGAGAAGAUGGGGCAGUUCUGUGUUAACAUCAAAGUUACCUACGCUGUCCAAGGAAAUAGAGUUCCUCCCGGCACCAUGCUGGAGGAGCAGAUCGUCAUCGGCACCCCCGGGACCGUGCUGGACUGGUGCUUCAAACGCCGAAUGCUCAACCUGAAGAAGAUCAGCGUGUUUGUGCUGGACGAGGCCGACAUCAUGAUCGACACGCAGGGCUUCUCCAGCCAGAGCAUUCGCAUUCAGAGGGUUUUGCCCAAGGACUGCCAGAUGCUGCUCUUCUCCGCGACCUUCAAGAAAGCGGUGUGGAAGUUUGCGACGCAGCUCAUCAGCAACCCCAUCGUAAUAAAGCUUCGCCAGGAGGAGCUCGCCCUGAGCACCAUCAGGCAGUACUACUUUGUGUGCGAGAGCCGCGUGGAGAAGUACAGAGCCCUGUGCAACAUCUACGGCAGCAUCACCAUCGGCCAGGCUAUCAUCUUCUGCCAGACACGGAAGAUGGCGGAGUGGCUGUCGCUGGAGAUGACCGAGGACGGGCACCGGGUGGCCAUGCUGACGGCCGAGCUGACGGUGCAGCAGCGGGCUGACGUGAUCCAGAGGUUUCGCGACGGCAAGGAGAAGGUCCUCGUCACCACCAACGUCUGCGCUAGAGGGAUCGACGUGAAGCAGGUCACCAUCGUGGUGAACUUCAACCUCCCCGCCAACCUGAAGAAGCAGCCCGACUUCGAGACCUACCUGCACCGCAUCGGGCGGACGGGCCGCUUCGGGAAAAAGGGCAUCGCCUUCAACAUGGUCGAAAGCCGCAACCUGUACCUCGUGCGCAUGAUAGAGGAGCAUUUCCAGACUGAGAUCAAGAGGCUGGACCCAGAAGACAUGGAUGAGCUGGAGAAGAUUGACGCGUGAUGAGCGGGCGCUCGCUCCUCCACAGCCGGUUUGGGGUUGAAAAGAAGAUUUAAGGUGAAGUUUUGUAGUUGCCUUCUUGCAGAGGCCUGUUAUUUUGUUGUGUGGUUUUAGGGAGGGUUAAAAAAAAAAAAAAAAAGGAAAAAGAAAAACCCUCAGAUCCAGAAAUUCUCAUGGUUGCUUUCCGUGUUUCCUGAGGCUCCGAGCUCUGCCUGGCUUGGCGAAGGGCUCGAGGCUGCGCAGGGCCCUCAACCGGGGCGGCUUGCUGCAAAAACGCACCUGGGUGCGCACGGCGCAGAUGACGACCGGCAACUUGCCCGUGGAGGCUGCCGGCAGCGAGGGUGCCUGGCUCGGCGGCAGCGGUUCCGGCACAAAAACCGGGGAGAAAAACUCAAGCGGCUCCCCCCCCCCAAAAAAAAAGCCGGAGAGAGCAGCGAGGUAGGGAAAUAAUCCCAACCCGCUAGAUGGCAGCAGGAAUUCGGAACGGAGCCGCCGUGCCAAAUCCUCCCCACGCGGCUCCGGCCGGAGGAUUUGGCACGUCGCCCCUCGUGCCCGCUGCGCGCUCGGGGGCUCCCUUCGCUCUUGCCAAGCCAAAGCCACCUGCAAUAAAACGGAAUUGCAAAUAA